AUGAAUUUCUUAAAAAAUCGUUCAAUCAUCACUUUAAAUUAUCGAUUAAAAUUUUCACGUACAUUUUUUACAUCUUUACAAUUAAGAAAUAAUCAAUCAGAAUUUCUUAUUUCAUCUUGGAAAUCUAAACUUGACGAAAACAUUGAUACAAGAGAAGAAACUUUAUUUCCAACUCCACUUCAACUUCUUUCAAUUACUUUAAAUCGUAAAGAAAUAAUUAAUAAUAUCCCAUCAACUCAACCUCCACCUAAUGGAACUCCAUUACCACCAAAUUAUCAUUUAGUAUAUUUUACUCCAAGAAAUUAUGAAAAUGAAUUAACAAAAGAUGGUUAUAAAAUUCAUUAUUCACCACCUGCUCCAUUUUUAAGACGUAUGUGGGCAGGAGGUGAAUUAAAAUUUAAUCAUGAAAAUCAAUUAAGAGUCGGUCAAAAUGCAAAAUUGAUUACUAAACUUCGUAAAGUAGAUUAUAAAAUUGGAAAAUUAGGUGAAAAUGUUUUUAUUUGGAUUGAUAAUGAUAUUAAUAAUGAAAAUGGUUGGUGUAUAAAAGAUACUAUUUGUGUGGCUUACAUGCCUGCAAAGAAUUUAUCUCCUGAAUUUGAGAAAGUUAUAUUACCUACUUCAGUUCUAUUGUUUCGUUAUUCGGCCUUAACAUUCAAUAGCCAUCGUAUUCAUUAUGAUCAUAUUUAUUCAAAAGAGACUGAAGGAUAUCCUGGUUGUUUGGUCCAUGGUCCGCUCAUUUGCACUCUUCUUCUUGAUUUAAUUCGCGAUAAUUUACCAAAUUCUUACAUCAAAACUUUCAAUUAUAAAGCGUUAAGCCCUUUAUAUGUUGAUGAAGAAUUUAAAGUUUGUGGGAAAAAGUGUCAUACUAAUAAUGCGUCUAUAGAUGUUUGGGCCGAAAAUGUACAUGGUGGAAUUGCUAUGAAAGGAACUGCUAUUAUCG